UUUUUUUUUUUUUUGGCCUAGAUGCUAUUACAAGAAUGAGCUUGAUAUGGUAGUUAUUUUUUAAAUAAAGAAAAUUACCAUUGUAAAUGCAAUCUAAUACUCCUAUCAUCACGACAACAUACACUUUUGUUUGUAUGUCCCACUGUCAAUUUCUUCUUUCACCCCUGAACACACUGACAAAAAAAAUAAUAGCGGAUGUUAAAAUACAAUCCUCAUGCUCAUAGCAAAAUCAAUCAAGCCUGCAAUAUUUUUUUUUUCUUUCGCGUUUGUGUUGUUUCUUUCUUCCUUUUUUAUCUUCACUUUCUUAUUUCUUUGACAUGGAUUCUAUACCUCAAGAUAAAUAUUUUUGGGGUCCAGCGACAGCAACUAUUGAUUGGUGCGAGGAAAACUAUGCCUUAUCACCUUACUUGGCUGAAUUCAUCAAUACAACCACAAACUUAAGUUUUGCUUUUUUAUCACUUUUUGGUAUGUAUAAAUCUCUUCAAAAUGGUUGUAGCAAGUCUUUUAUUUUGGCUCAUCUCGGUGUACUUUUGGUUGGCUUUGGAUCUUGGUGUUUCCAUAUGACUCUACAAUAUGAAAUGCAAUUACUGGAUGAACUACCAAUGAUUUAUGUUGGAUGUAUUAUGGUUUAUUUCAGUGUAGAAGUGUAUAGCAAAGCAAAGUAUGGAAUAUCAUUGGUUUUAUUUCUCAUGGGAUACUCAGCAUUUGUUACAUAUUCAUACCUGAUUAUCAAUGAUCCAGUUUUUCAUCAAGUGGCCUAUGCUUUGUUGGUGAUUACGAUUGUAUUUAGAUCAGUGUAUAUUGUUAGACAUCUUGAUCGUACUACUUAUCAAUAUGAACAUCCUCGUUUGGUACGUCUAUUAAAGUUAGCAGCAGCUGGUUUUAUUUUGGCUUUUGGUAUAUGGAAUGUUGAUAAUCAAUUCUGUUCUUAUCUAAGACAUUUCCGUACAACAGUACCUUAUGCUCUUGGUGCUUUAUCUCAAUUACAUGGUUGGUGGCAUAUUGGUACUAGUCUUGGAGUUUAUUACUUUACUGUCUAUGUUGAAUGGAUAUGCAAGAUCUUGGAUGAUACGAUAAAACAAAAAUAUGAAUUAGUAUGGAUUGGUUUCAUUUGUUAUUUACGCCCUGUUAAAUCUCAUCAACAAUAGUUUAGAAAUAAAAGUAGAAAUAGUUUGUUUUUUUUUUAAAAAAAAAAAAA